AUGGAUCAUCACCACAGAAGUUUGUGCCCAAAGAAAUUCGGAGGGAAAACCACAAAUGUGCAUCUUUCAGAGGAGAUAAGGGAAGACCCAUCUCACAAUAGUGCUACAAAGGGUCAUGUGUUAAUAUCGUCCGAUGAAAUGGUGCUCAUGCAAACCGCCAAGGCGAGUGUAGGCAAUAGAGACACAUCAGUUCAUGAAACAACUCGAUUGUUGUUUGAUUCGGGAUCACAAAGGACGUAUAUCACGGAACGACUAGCUAACAAACUAGGUUUAAAACCUACAGCCGAACAGGAACUGAAGCUUGUUACGUUCGGAAGUGAACAUACAAAGGUAAUAAAGACAAAAACAGUGAACAUUGACAUUACCUUAAAGGACGGAUCCUGUAUGAAGUUGACAGCAAAUGUAGUGCCUACAAUAAGUGGAACAAUUCAGAGGAAUCCAUUGACGAAGGUGCUUUCAAAACAAAUGGAACAUUUGAUUAAUAGUGUAGACCUAUCAGAUACUAUUCCAAGAGCUCAGGAAACCACAACAAUUGAUGUCUUGAUUGGGAAUGACUAUUACUUAGAUAUUGUGUUACCCCAACGAAUAGAGAUUGAACCCGGACUGUAUUUGUUAUCUUCAAAACUUGGAUGGAUUUUAACAGGCCGUUUGAGUGAAGUUGAAAGUGGAACUGAUACACUGAGCAUGUUUGUGUUGACGCAUGGUACAGACAUCACAAAACAAAGUACAUUUUCAAGCUUAGAUGCUUCAAUUCCUACUAAGCCAGAUUUGGAAGACUUCUGGAACAUCGAGUCGAUUGGCAUAAUUGACAAUGUGGACAAGUCCGAUGAUGACAUCGUCAUGCGAAAAUUCCAGGACACCGUUAGAUUUGACGAUGGUCGCUAUCAAGUUACAUGGCCAUGGCGUGAAGAAGAUUUCGAACUGCCAUCUAACCGACAACUUGCUCUUGGUCGUCUGAGGUCCACAGUGGCGAGAAUGUGUAAAAUACCAGAGCUUUUCAAAAAGUACAACACAGUGAUUGAGGAUCAGUUGGAAAAGGGUGUUAUUGAAAAGGUGAACUUUGGAGACCAGGAUGGCGUGGUUCACUAUAUUCCCCACCACGCGGUUAUUACACCACAAAAAACGACCACCAAAUUACGAGUAGUGUACGACGCGUCCGCGAAGACACGAAAUGAGAACCACAGUCUUAAUGAAUGUUUGUAUCGUGGUCCAGUGAUUUUGCAACAGUUGUGCGGGAUGCUUAUACGAUUCCGUAUGCACAGGAUAGCAAUUACUGCUGAUAUAGAGAAGGCCUUCCUUCAAAUAGGAUUACAAUUAGACCAACGAGAUGUUACCAGAUUUCUCUGGUUGAAGAACUGUGAAACACCGACGGUGGACAAGGAUAACAUUCAAGAGUUUCGUUUUCGUCGAGUCCCGUUUGGUGUUAUUUCAAGCCCAUUUCUUUUAGGCGCAACGGUGCAAACACAUAUGGACAAAUACAGUACAAGUUUUGCGCAACAAGUGAAAGAUAACAUCUACGUAGACAAUUUGAUAACUGGAACUAACACUGAUGGUGAAGCAAUAUGUUGUUACAAAGAAGUGAAAUCAAUAUUCAAAGAAGCAUCAAUGAACAUACGAGAGUGGAUGACUAAUAGUGAAAUAGUUAAUCAAUACAUUCCCAGUAAUAACAGAGCUGACGGAAAACCAAUGACUGUUCUUGGAUUAUAUUGGAAUCCAAAGGAAGAUACAAUUGCACUAAAACCUACGGAAGCCUAUGAAGUCGAGACUAUAACCAAGCGUGUUAUCCUGAAAGUCGUAGCUUCAACAUUUGAUCCGCUUGGAUUAUUUUCUCCAGUAACUUUGAAUGGAAAGCUGCUGAUGCAACAGCUGUGGAAAGAGAAGCUUGAUUGGGAUGAUAUCGUUUCAGAUCAUGUCCAAGAGUGGAAAACAAUCAAGCUCGAUCUUGAAAGGAUACCCACCUUCAAAUUGAAAAGAUGUGUUACCAAUGAAGCUGAUGACAGUGUGACAUACAGUUUGGUGUGUUUUUGUGACGCCUCUGAAAGGGCGUAUUCGUCGGCUAUUUAUCUUCGCCAAAUAACCGACAGGGCCAUCAAAGUAGAGCUUAUCUUUUCUAAGGCAAGACUUGCUCCUGUGAAAGGAAUGACCAUUCCAAAAUUAGAGAUAAUGGCAGUUGUCAUCGGUGUUAGAUGUUUAGAGUAUGUUCAGAGUCAGGUCGGUGUGCCGAUUGAACAAUCGGUGUUAUACACCGAUUCUCAAUGUGUAUUAAAGUGGAUUUCAUCUGAGAAGAAACUUCCGGUGUUUGUUCAAAAUAAGGUAAAUGAGAUCAAGAAGCACACCGGUAUAAGAUUUGCAUAUGUAAAGACAACUGAAAACCCAGCUGAUAUCGCUACACGUGGAUAUACUGUUGAAAAGCUUACUAAAAGUGAAUUGUGGUGGAACGGACCAUCUUGGUUAAUGGACAGGUGUUAUAGUGUUCAUUGUGACUCAGAAUCAACAAUGUGCGUAUCAGAUACAUGCGUAUGUGUUGAACUGGGAAAUGAGCCAAGUGGUGAAAAUGAAAAUCAGAAGCAUGAACUCAAAACGAGCGACGAGUGUAAUGCACCAUUUGAUAUUCGGUAUGACACAUUCUCUUCCGUGACGAGACUCAUACGAGUUACAGCAUAUGUGAAACGAUACUUAGAUAAUCUGAGAUCUCCAGAAAAUAAGAAACGUGGUGCUCUCUCAACUUCAGAAAUAUGUGAAGCAGAGUGGAUAUGGUUAAAGUACAUUCAGAAGAAACACUAG